AUACCAUUCAAUACGUGGAUUUUGUGACCGAUACUAAUUUUAAUGGCCCUAUCCACGUGCUCUUUUUUGCCGCGCCUCCUGUACUCUAAAGAGACCUCUAGUGAACAGAUACUGCCCAAAGGCACCACUCCCUGAACCUUCUCUGUUUGUGCAACCUUUUCUCACCGUCCAACAUAGUUGGAUCGCAAUUGGUUUGUACUACGGGUGCGACUUUGAGAGCCAGACAUUUGUGUUUGGAAUCCUUGUGUACUACGUCCGCCACCUUGGCACCUAGGUGGGUUGCAAUGUGGCGGGGCACACUGACCCUUUGCCUGUCUUUGCUCCUUCAUUCUGGAGCUCUCGAAGAGCAAAUCCACCCACAAAACUGUACGCUGAACUGCAUUCGGAAGGGUGAACCUGAAUGCAAGUACUGCCGAAUAACACAGGAUAACGUUAAAACAGCUUUAGGAUUUACCUCUCCAUUUGGAGCUUGUGUUCCUUGGCCAUGUCAUGCUUUUCUAGGUGAAACUCCACACAUUUGUCAGCAUUAUGUUCACGCUCCACAAAAUGUGGUCGUUGAGUUCUUGCCCAAUCUUGAUCCGAAACAUGAGACUGCCAUUAUAUCAUGGAGCCCCAGUAAACACGGAAUUGCCUUCCUGCGAGGAUUUCAAGUUUCCUUACACGCCUUGGGUGGGGCUCAGGUAGUCUGUCAGCUUUUCUUGAUGCAGCAGAACCUGUCCCUGACACCAGCUCAUACCCAAAUGAUUUACUACUCAGAACCCUUCCCUAUGUUGCCUCUGGAUACUCAGUAUGCAGUGACAGUAAUGGCACUGCCCGUGCCUGAGAAGUGGGACCGAUUUUACCAUAAGAAACUGUUCAGCACAAUCACAUGCCCUCAGAAAAAUGGACUAGAGAAAUGCAAAAAAGACUGGUACCCAACAUACCUCGUUGUAGAGCAAGAUGGUCAUGACAUCAAUGUAACGUUCAACCUUGCACCCCCCGAUCUACAGCUCGGUCGUUAUUUGUCAUCGUGCUAUGGUGGGGGUGAAAGGACAUACACAGCAUUGGAGCCAGACCUCAAAAAUAACAACACACAAUAUACGUAUCGUUUGUCCCAUCUGUACCCUGGAGUAAAUUACACUUGUCAGAUAGCAGCUGAUGUGGUAGAUGCAGUCAAGAAAAAAUUCUUUAUUGAGAUACUGCCAAUAAGAGAAGAUACCUCUUCAUCACUUUCAGACCUCAUCCUCCUCAUCUCCCUGCUCUCUCUUGGCGUGUUCCUAGCCACUACUGUUGCCGCUCUCAUAGCUCUGUGCAAGAGAAAAAGGGACAAGCUAAACAAGAAGUACACAGCUCCAGACAUUUGUCAGCAAUUCCAUGACAGACCUGAGGGACAGUGUGUGGCUGUGAGCAGUAAGUCCAGUCCACCAAGCCUGCUGAUAGUCUAUUCAAGCAGCGAUGGUCCUGCUCAUGUUCGGGUUGUCCUACAUCUUGCAGCUUUCCUGCAAAGGCAUAUGGCAAUUAAGGUUUUUCUGGAUCUGUGGGAGUCUCUAAGUUUGAUGGAGGACGGUGUGCUGGGAUGGUACAGCAGGAAGAUUGCAGAGAGCGAAUAUGUGCUGGUCAUCUGCUCCUCGGGUCUCCAUCACAGACCACAGGAGAAAAAGGAUGGUGGGAAGGAAGAAGACCAUCCAGAUCAAAACAUGUCUUCAGCCAUUGUAGCUGUGAUUGGCGAGGAGCUCUGUCGAGCCAAAGCCAGGGGCCAAGACCUGUCCAAAUACAUUACAGCAAACUUUGAAUACUCUAAAGAGACAGAUGUGCCAGCGGUAAUGGGUCUGGCAUCCCACUACACCCUCACCGCAGACUUCCCCCUACUGUUCUCCCAUAUUCAUGGGCUGGCCCUCCAGCAGCCUGGGGUCUGUCUGCAGAUAGAGCAUAUCUCUGAGGACUACUACAAACUUCCUGCUGGGGAAGCACUACAGAGAGCCAUCCUGGAGGCUAAGACUGGGCUCAGUGAACAACAUGAAUGUGAAGAUAUGAAAGGACCUACAACUACCACUACUACAAAUGGAUGGAUGAUGUUAUGAAUGGAAAUCUUAAUGAUUUUGAAUGGGAGAGUGUGUAUGGAUCCAUUAGCACGGAGCAAUAUCAUGGUCUAAAAAUAAGGGGGUACAGAAUUUUGAAGGCACACAUUUAUAGAAUGUUAUUUGCAGAAUAUUGUUUUGGCUAUUUCAGCUUUCUGAGGGGUAGUUUGUACCAUGAUUACUAUCCAGGGGUAAUAGACUCCUGACUGUCCUUGGGUAAUAAAUAUACUGAUCCCUGACAGAAAAGAUGCCAUGUUGUUGGUCCAGUACACUGGGCUAAACCAUAAUCCUGCUGCCUGAACCGGUUAUGUGUUCCAAACAAACAGCUGUUCAGUUCAGUUCAGUUCAUGCUUGAACAUGGGAUUGCAGAUAUAAGUGUUCUAUACUUUACGUAGCUUACGUACAUCGAUGCAUUGUAUUUAAUAAGCAGAACACCUCAUGAUUUGUCUUUUGCACUUUUUAGCAGAACACUGGUAGAUUUUCGAAAAUGCCUCAUUAAGAUGCACUUACAGGUUAAAACACUGGACACUGCUGCUGCUAAGUCCUGAAAGCUAGACAUCACAGUUUUUGUGAUGGCCAACAUGUACUUAACCUCAGCAUAACUGUUUCAUAUAUGUCAUAUAUUCAAAUGUAUAUAGUACACUUAGUGAUGACAUUACAUGUUUGUUGUUGCACAUAGGCUAAUUAUGUUCUCUUAAUGUUAUCUUUAUCUUUGUCUCCUCAUACUACAAAUAAGCUACUCUGGUCAUGCUUCCUGUUUUAUAUGAUAGGACUAUUAUGAUGGUAAUCAAAUUUAGCUUGAUUCUUCUCAUUUUCAAAAUUAGGCCUUUCUAAAUUAGAAAUUGUGUUUAGUAUUUGUUCCUUGGAUUGCCAUUUGGACAUUGUGAAUUGUCCAAAUGGCAGCUGUCAAAGUGCUUAGAAGAGAAGUUGAUUUACUUCUUUAGGUUGACCCUAGGGUGCAGUAGGUUAACCAUUAUCAUUUUUAUAUGCUGUUUUGAUGAAUCACUGGUAAUAUUAUGAAAGCAAUAUUAUUUCUGUCAGAUGUAUCAACUCUGAUGGUAUAUGACACUGAAACUUUUAUAUCGUUGUACUGUUUUUCACCAGUAGAUCUACACGUAAAAUUACUUAAAUUAAGUGGUUAAAUUAGAGGGCGGCUGGUUUUUAGGUGUAUGCGUAGAUAUUUAGAUAGAGACGUCAGGCCUUUGUGUUAGGCCUUUGCACAAGAAAGUAUCCAUCUUGUCCGGCAUUAUUAUAUGGCUUUAACAUCUAUAGUCUCUUGUCUACACACCACAGGCUUUCAACAUGGACUACAUGUGAAUACAAGUAUUCCAGUAGCUCUCUUGAUAGAACCAGAGAAUCCCACCAUGUCCAUGGGUUGUGGAAAAUUAAUGCAACCAGGUGUGCAGUCAUCAAAUACAUCAGAAAUGAAAUGUUUUGGCAAUAACAACACUGGUGUAAAAGCUAUUUUAUUGAGUGUGUGUUCUCAUUGAAUUGCUUUAUUAUCUGAGUAUUAGAAAACAUAACCAAACAUUAAAGAUGAAGUGUACGAAGGUACAGUAUUUUCUAAUGUGAGGAAUUAUA